AUGUCGUGGGGCUUCGGCAAACAACUCCCAUAUACUGAAUAUUUUCCAGCGCCUGCUACUCCUGGCUCACAAGUACUUGUUAAUGGAACGCCAAGUGGCAAUCGAUUUGAAGUCAAUCUAUUGAAUAAUCAAGGCGAUGUUGUUCUCCAUGUUAAUCCUCGAUUUGAUCAACGAGAAAUUAUUUUGAAUAGCGCACCAGGAGGAAAUUGGGGAGCAGAAGAAAAGAAACAUUUAUCAUUGCAAAAUGGAAUACCUUUUCAAAUGCAAGUUUUAAUGACACAUGACAGUUUCAAAGUUGCAUUCAAUGGUCAACAUGCAGCUGAUUUUUAUAAUCGUAUGCCCUAUGCUCAGGUAACUCAAGUUCAAGUUAAAGGUGAUUUAAGAUUGGAUAAUGUUCAAGUGUUCAGUGGAUCAUCUCCCGGACAUCAUCAUCAUCAUGGCGGCGGAAGUUUUAUACCACCACCAACUGUCCCGUUUAUCCCAGGUGGUCAAUUUUCAAAUAUGGGAGCAUUUGUUAAUACAAGUGUUUAUCCAACAGCACCACCAGUACUUCCAUUUGGUGGUGGAUCUAUGGGGGGCGGUGGUGAUGGGUCAAUCAAACCAUGUGCGUUAUAUCCUGGUUCUAGAAUUUCACUUCAAGGUUACAUAAAUCCCGGUGCACAACGAUUCGAAGUCAAUUUAUUACACGGUUAUUCAGAAGGUUCCGAUGUUGCAUUUCAUUUUAAUCCUCGUUUUGAUCAACAACAAAUUGUUAAAAAUUGGAGAAUAAAUGGUCAAUGGCAACAAGAAGAAAAUAGUCCACUUCCACAAUGGGUAUUAGUACCGGGACAACCAUUUAAUAUUCAUAUUUAUUGUCAUCAAGAUCGAUAUCAGGUAUUAGUACAAAAUCAACAAUUUCUAGAGUUUCGUCAUCGAAUUCCAGUUGGUGCUGUGACGGCUGUCCAAGUUAAAGGAGAUGUUUCAUUUACUGGCGUACAAACCGUAUAG